GGCCAAUCGCAAACCAGAAUUUUCGUACCCCCAAAAUUCUCUACCCGCUAUCAAAAUCUCCUCUCCUCUUUCUAUAUAUACAGACACACGGUUUUUCCGUUUCUCUCUCAAUAUCGUUGGGCGCACAAUAGCCUCUCGCCGGAGAACUUUCCACUCAGAAGAUCCGGAUAUUGUAUGGCAGUGAAGUUUCUGAAUGGAGAUAUAUUGGAAUUGUGCUUAGGGAAGCCGGAGCUGACGUGCGUGGCGGAGUCCGCCACCGUCUCCGACGCGCUCGCGGUACUGAGGGCCUCCGGCGACGGCAACGUCAGCGUCUGGGCGUGCGGCGGGGACGGCGGCGGCUCCUGCGCCUGCGUGGGGAAAUUCUGCAACGCCGACGCGGUUCUCUUCCUUUGCCGGGAGGAGAAUCUGGCGGAUCCUUUCAAGGCGCUCGAAUCUCAGGUCUCCGAUCUUCUGCCCGCAGGUCCUCCGAUCGUGAGGCAUCUUGAACCUUCUGCCAGCUUGAUGGAUGCAAUAGACUACAUACUCGAAGGCGCCCAAAACCUCGUCAUCCCAAUCCAAAACCAAUCGCCCAACAAAUUCCCGAGCCAAAAAUACUGCUGGCUAACCCAAGAAGACAUAGUCCGAUUCCUCCUAAACUCCGUCCGAGCCUUCUCUCCAGUCCCCACAUUCACGCUCGAUUCCCUCAACAUAAUCGACUAUGACAUCAUAACCGUACCUUACAGAGAACCCGCCAGCUCAGCACUCGACCAUUUCCAGCUGACACUGGCUGAGCAAAAGUCUGUAGCUUUGGUUGACGAGGAAAACCGACUGAUAGGCGAAAUCUCACCUUUUGCAUUGUCGUGCUUAGACGAGACAGCUGCCGGAGCCAUCAUGGCUUUAUCGGCGCUCGAGUUGAUGACAUAUGUGGAGUGCUCUCGACCGCCGGAGGAUUUGGUCCGUUUGAUGAGAGUGAAGCUCCGUGAAAGGGGUUUUGAUGGGAUGGUUGAGUUUAUUGACGAGCAUCUUAAUUCUUCUUCUUCUAGUUGUUGUUGUUCUUCGUCUUCUUCGUCUUCCGGCGAGUUUUCGUCGGACGAGGAUUGCGGGCCGAGGAGAAUUGGCCGGAGCUGCUCGCCGGGGAGGAGGUUGGAGGCGGUUGCGUGUAGGCCCGGGAGCUCGUUGGUGGCGGUGAUGAUACAAGCGCUCACUCACCGUGUGAGUUGCGUUUGGGUCGUGAACGAGGAUUAUGGGGUCGUGGGGGCCGUGACUUUGGCGGGAAUUUUGAAAGUUUUAGGCGGGAAGGACGGUAGGUCGGAGGAUAGUCUCGGGAUGAUAUAGAGAGAUAUUUUGCGCGCUGAUGAAAAUUGAUGUGUUUAUUGUGUUUUUUGUUUACUUGAUACUUUUUGAGGAAACAUAAAAAGUUUUUAGCAUUCAACUUAUAUCCUAUGUUUACAGUUCUUGGAUAUGAUCAGGUUUUUAUAUGAUAUGUUUGGGGUGAUAUACAAUGUAGCAAUAGAAAUCUUUGAAAAAAAAUCUGGGUAAAAUUGCAUUUUUAGUCUUGUUAGUACAACGCCAUAACAAUUUUAAUCCCAAAGUUCCAACAUUUCACCUUUUGGUACCAAAAGGCGAAAAGUUGGAACCUUGGGACUACAAUUGCUGUGGCGUUAAACUAACAUGACUAAAAAUGCAUUUUUGCCAAAAAUAUCCAAAAGUCUG